GUACAGCGUAGCCUCAAAGAUUGCUAGUUAAUAGCGCUGCGCGCCGCAGCGAUGUGAUACAGCGAUCAUGGAGCAAUGAACCGCGCUCAGCGGUUUCUCAGCAAAGCAACCUUUUCAACUCUUUUCUAAUUCAUCAAAUGCGGGUUGAGCGAACCUGUGGGGCUGUAAUUUGUCAGCUUAGUUUACCUGUACAAAAGUCGAGUUGAGAUGUGUCAGCUUGACAAGGGCAACACAUCCUAGGAGGCGUUGAGAAGGGAUGCACUAGCGCUUUUAGAAGCGUGCACUAGCUAGACUACGCGAGCAAUUCUUAACAAAACUGGCACUCAUGUUUGGUGCGCGGUAAGAAAUCAUCCCGUCCCACAUACGAUGCACAGCUAGGCGAAUGUGGAAGGACCAUCGCUGUCGCCUUGCCGCAAACUGCUGUCCGAGUCCAACUCGACCCCCUCUUGAAGAGUUCCUGUGAAGAUGUCUCCGCAAUACACGUGCAACAAAACAGUUUUAUGACGCCUCGCUAGCGGCACUAAACUUUGUAGACGCUGGCUGUGCCGAAGCAACGCAAGCAUGCCAUUUUCUUGGCGCUUGCGUUCGCAAUGCUGAUUUGUAGUUUCGGUUUCGCUUCCAAAAAGCAGAAUUGUCACGUGAUUUAUACCAGUGAUAAUUGAAUUACCUCCAUUAUGUGCAACAUCUGUAUUUAAAUGCGAUAAGAAGCCAUGUAUGUGCAGUGACUAACCGAGCUAGAGAAAAGUGCGAUAGACUUAAAACGUGCCGCAAAUGAGUGCAGCACUAGUGCACUCUUUUUCUACUUUUAUUGCGCUCUAAAGGAGUGCUCCUCGGAUGAGCUUUUCUUUCUUUGCUUUGCUUUUGCCUUCUUUUAUUAUCCUGUUAGAAUGGAGCGUGCGUGACAGCACAGGGCUGCAGCAAGUCUAUUGAGCUCGCACCUUGCGAUGAACUGUGAAGACUGGGCGAGCUCUCUGCAAUCCUAGCGGACAUGUCUUCGUCCGUAUGUCUACGCUCGCCGUGGACAUAGAAAGUGUACGAGUCACGAAGUAACCCAGGGUUUUUUUAUGUGCGCGCUCUUCGAGUCAACCCCGUUCCUCGUCCGUUACUGCUGACGUGUGUGCGUGCGUGUGUUCACCGCUGGAACAACCCUGGAUGGCAUCCGUAGUGCUGUCGGGCACCGUCCGCACACCAGUGACAUGCGUUGAUGUGCCACACCGUCGAUUCGUCGGCUGAUGCUUCGGCUUGCAGCGUACCCGCCUGCCGCCACUCCAGCAGGUAACCGCCUCCCACCUCGGGGUCAAUCACGACUCGCGGGAGACACGACGGGCGCACUACGUAGAAGCUAUCACAAUAAAACCACAGUAGUUCACACACACGCGGACACACCGAAUGACGGAAAACGGGCGUCAAUCGUGUCGUUCUGUCGCAGAGAUUGGAAGGGGGGGUAGCGCCGUUCGUAUCACUACUACCGUGCCGAUUACGCCGGCAACUUGACAGAUCGCACCUGUUUCUCUGGAGACGACGUUUCGUCUUACACAUUGGUUUUUCCAUACACACAGUGGUGGUCUUACGAUUCUCUCCUGCGCCGUGAAUAGUGUCCGAUUUUGCAAGGCGCGACUGUUGGGAUGCAGAACAGAACCACCUGUUGGUGAUGCUGAGGGUUGUGCUGUGCUGUAGUAGUACUCGGCCCAAGUCGAGCUUCACGUCUUACGCGUGUUCCCAGAUGGAGGAUCCGUUGAGCGGUGUACCACGCUUGGUGCGAGCGCCGGCCCUCAAGCGCGGACGUGCGGAUGCGACGCCACUCUCCGAGCGGGUCAAGCUAGAGCGGGUGCUGGGACUGACUGUCACGAGCAGCGCGGCGCUUGACUGCGACCCAAGUUCGGGACUGGUCGCCUACCCAGCCGGGUGUGUGCUGGUUUUGUACAACACACGGAAGAACCGCCAGCAGCAUAUCUUGAAUGCAUCCAAGAAAACCAUCACGUGCCUGGCCUUCUCCUGGGAUGGCAAGUACCUGGCCACUGGAGAGUGUGGGCAUCAGCCGCACGUACGCAUCUGGGAUGUCGCCGAGAAGACCCAGGUCGCCGAGUUUCCGGGUCACAAGUUCGGUGUCACCUGCGUGGCAUUCUCACCUAAUCUCAAAUAUGUGGUGUCGGUGGGCACCCAGCAUGACAUGGUUGUCAACGUGUGGGACUGGCGCAGCAACACCAAGCUGGCCUCAAACAAAGUGUCGGCCAAGGUCAAGGCGGUGUCCUUCUCCUCUGGUGGGCAUUACUUUGUCACCGUGGGCAACCGCCACGUCAAGUUCUGGUACCUGGAAUACUCCCGGGGAACUAAGUACAAGCCCGAGCCUGUGCCACUCAUGGGUCGAUCGGCCAUUCUCGGGGACCAACGCAACAACUACUUUUGUGGUGUUGCGUGUGGCCGGGGCGACUGCCAGGGAAGCACCUUUGCCAUAACCCGGUCGGGCCUGCUGUGCGAGUUCAAUAGCCGCCGCCUGCUCGACAAAUGGGUGGAACUCAGGAGUACCUGUGCAAACUGUAUCACCGUGGGUCGGGACUGCCUAUUCGUGGGUUGUGCGGACGGUGUAGUGCGCUGCUUCAGUCCAUCGACGCUACACUUGGCAACGUUGCCACGGCCACACCCGCUGGGUCUGGACCUGGCCCUCGCGACGGGUGUUGGUGGUGCACCCCCCGUAGUAGUGGGCGGAGCUUCAACACCACCCCGUCACCCCCACACAGUCGCUGUGUGCUUCGACGAGGUGCACCGGCGGCUGACAUGUGUCUACAACGACCACAGUCUGUUCGUUUGGGAUGUUGGCGACUUGAAGCGCAUCGGGAAGUGUCACUCGUACCUUUUCCACAGUGCUUGCAUCUGGGGCAUUGAGAACUACCCGGCCAAUGGAGAUCUGCUGCCGGCAGGCACAUUUCUUACCUGUUCGAGUGACGACACGAUCCGAGUGUGGAAUCUGGAACGAGGGACAGCUGGUAGUCGCAACAUCUACUGUCCCGAGCUUCUCAGUAUCCUGUACAUGGACCCGAACCUGACCUUCAUCUGUGAUGCCGAUGUGCAAGGCGGCAGCAGUGACAAGGUGGACACAACGUACGACGGCAAGAACGGUGUGCGCUGCCUCUGCAUCAGUCCAAACGGGAAGCAGCUAGCCUCGGGUGACCGAACGGGCAACAUUCGCAUUCACCAGCUGCAGAGGACAGGUGCCCAGGAGGUCUGCAAGAUCGAGGCGCACGACUCGGAAGUGCUCUGCCUCGAGUACUCGGGGCCUGCGGAAGAGAGUGGCAGGCUGCUGGCCUCGGGCAGCCGCGACCGCUUUGUGCAUCUCUUCGACGUGGAACAGGAGUAUGCCUUCCAGCAGACCCUGGAUGACCACUCUUCCUCCAUCACAGCCGUGCUUGUGCGGGACUCUCCGCCGGGCACACUGCAGAUGAUCUCCUGCGGUGCCGACAAGUCGAUAGUGUUCCGUAAGGCGCAACAGGGACAAGGCCCGCCAGUGUUUUCGCGGAAACACCAUGUGGUGGGCAAAAGCACGCUUUACGACAUGGAGGUGGAUAGUUCGCAAGAGCACGUGCUGGCCGCCUGCCAGGACAGGCAGGUUCGAGUCUACGCGCUGGCCUCGGGAAAGAACACGCGCUGCUUCCGUGGUAGUCCAGCCGAGGAGGGCACGCUGAUCAAGGUGGCUUUGGAUCCGACAGGCACAUACCUGGCGACCAGCUGCACGGACAAGACAUUGGCACUGUACGAGUACAGCACGGGCGAGUGCCUGGCCUCCAUGCUGGGCCACUCGGAGCUGGUGACCGGGCUGAGGUUCAGUCACGACGGCCGGCACCUCAUCUCGGUCUCGGGUGACAGUUGCAUCUUCGUCUGGCGGCUGCCCCCAGAAGUGAGCCAGGUGAUUUCUAGCAACCAGGCCGGUGUACCCUUGCCCACCACUUGGCAGGAUGCAAGCGCUGCCCUGGAGGCCGAGCGAGACCCGCGGUCGUCCUCUGUGGCCGUGGCACGACCGUUGGUGUCUGGCAGCCCUCAGGAGGAGUCGUCUCCUGAGUACCGAUUCUCGCUGGGGCCCCUGCCCUCGUGGGCCAAGAAACAGAUGAUGGAGCAGCAGCAGCCAGCCAACAGCAAGCCGCCUUCUGUAGCGCCACCACCUGUUCCGCAGCCGCGAGGUCGCUGGGCCCAGCGCUUCGACGCUGCUCGCGCAAUCUUUGAGAACGGCAAAGAGCUCCCGUGUGGAGGUGCCCGGGAAGGGGACUCGAGCAGUGCAGCGAGCGGCAGUGUACGUAUGGAAGACGGCGAUGCCGAGGACGAGCAUUCUGACACGGAGGGAAGCGGUGGUGUCCUCUACCCCGUGCCUCAAGACGGAAACGGUGCCGAGCCCGUUGGCAGUUUCAGGGUCACAGAGGCCGACCUGCCCCGCCGUCGUCCGCACCGACGUGUAUACAACAGUACCCCAGAUCUGCAAAGCGAAGCCAACAGUGAGGACGAAGACUCAAGCAGCACGGCUGAGCUGCGGCCGCUGUCGAUGUGCGUAAGCACCGAAAACCUGGACAAGCUGGGCCAGCGGGAGCACUUCAUGCGCGCCAACUACGAGAGUCUUGAGCAGCCCGUGACGCCCCCGUCCCUGGCGUCGGCGGGUCCCAGUCCCGGCACUCGCUCGAGCCUGUCCGCUCGCCACCACCGACCGGAGCCUUCCUCGCUGGGAUCGGGCAGCAGCCGGAGGCGGGAGGAGAUGGCGCAAGCCUUGAACCAGGCACGCCAGAAGCUGAACGCCCUGGGCUGGUGUAGCAGCAAGAGCAGCGGCGACCUGCUGUCGGCCAACCCCGAGGAGAACCUCAUUCGCCGCACGGCCUCCAUGACCGACAUCUCCGCCAGGCGUCGGCUCACGUACUCUUCGGGUGACUCGGUUGGGCUGUGGUCCCAGCAGCAGCAGCAACAACAACAGCCUCAGCAGCCACAACAGCAGCAGCAGCAUCAUUCACUGACACCAAUGCAAGGCAUGCUGCGCAGUGCCAGCCUUGGGGCCCUGCACAUGGCCGGCAGGCGGGCAGCUCCGGUGCAGAUGUCUGACGACUCCUCUUCUUCCUCGGAUAAUGAGUCGGCAGUCAAGGGUCCCACCCAGGUUGUGACCCCGAGCAGCGGACGAGAGUGGGGCGGAAGGGGCCACGAGGGCCCACGCGCCCUGGUGGAGCCCAUGCUCCACGGGGGUCGCGGAGGUGGAGCAUCCACGCCGGGCACGCCGCGGCCCCUUCCCCCGAAUCCGGCCGUAGCACCUCUCACUCGGGAGCUCUGUGAUCGCGUUGCUCAGGAGCUGGCACGCAUCACUUCUUAUGCCAUCCACGUCUUUCAGAGGGUGACCAUGGAUGUGGACCUGUCCCCAGCGGACCGGUCAGCCAUGACUAACACCCUGGCCCACGGUGUGCUGCAAGCCCAGCAGAACCUUCGGCCAGCGGCACCCCCGCCUUUACUGGCACCGCCAGGAGCAGCGCCCCUGUGGUCGGCACCGCCAGCCGAACCACCAGUCUUCCAGCAGUUUCCAGCUGCACGCCGUUUUGCCGCUGCCGAACCGGCACCUCCUGCCCAGCCACCGCCUCCUGUAGCAGCGCCAAUGGGCGGUCCCCUCAAUCAGUCGAGCUCUGACCUCAACGCACUGCUGCAGCAGUACUCUGAGCAGCUCAUGAAGAUGGUCAAGGAGCAGAUGGCCAAAGGCGACAGCAAGCCCAGUGAUUCCGCGUGACUCUACUUUUUUUAGAUGCACGAGCCAUUUUUAUUAUUUUAUUUUAUUAUUUUAUUAUACUUGCUGCCAAUAAAGUGGUCUUUCAAGUGGUGA